CAGCAUUUCUCAACUAAAAAAUUGACGGCGGAAUUUGGUAAAUUUCAAAAGCGGAGGGGCAGAAAUGAAAAAGGCCAAAACUGUGGUAAAGAGAUGAGAAUGAGAACUGGGAGUGCCUAAACCCCGACCGACUCCGGCGGAGAAGACGGCGACAACGACACCGUGAACUUUUACCUAACGCUGUAAGAAUGGUUUCCGCGGCCACCUUGUUCCGGUACACGCUCAACAAAGGCGAGUAUGCGUUUUCUCUCUGCAAAAAGAACUACUUAGCAGGACAUAUCAACGAAAAAGAAGCAGGUGAUGCCAUGGUUAAGAAUUUCUUUCUAGGAAGGUUAACAUUCUUGCAGCAUUUCAAUAAAGGGGAGGAAAUGUCACCAACGAUAGGACCUCAGGGUGGAACUCUUCUUGUUCGGAAGAUAGCUAUACCAAAUCCCAUGCAUGUUUUUGUAGGAGAUGUUGUAGUCCUUAAGGACCCUGUCAAGUCAGAUGAUUUUCUGGUUCGAAGAUUGACUGCAAUUCAAGGAUAUGAGAUGGUGUCAAACAAUGAAAAAGAUGAACCUUUUGUUCUUGAAGAAGAUCAGUGCUGGGUAGAAGCUGACAAUGGAAACAUAAAGCCCAAGGAUGCAUAUGACAGCCGUACUUUUGGGCCGGUAUCCAUGGCAAACAUUGUUGGUAGAGUUAUUUACUGUCUAAGAUCAGCCGUCGACCAUGGCCCCAUCAAUAACAGUAAAUUUGGCGCAACGAAGGAUUAUCCCGUGCUUGAAGUUGAGUUGGAUGUGGAGGAGAUGAUCAAGAAUCACAAAGAAUAGUAUUCAUAAAUCCUGUUUGGCUUUCUGCAAUAUAAUGGCUUUCAGUUUGGGAUAAGCUUGCUUUCAGAGGGCUGGCAUUGGAACUAACACUUUGAGAAACUAUCUCUAUGGUAUGUUUGGGUUGGGUCUUGGAAAUUUCUUGGGUAGGAAAAUGUUAAAAGGAGAGUUAUUUAUUCAAUGUUUGGUUUCAUGUCUGGAAAAUGCCAAGGAAUCAAAAUAAAAACCGGUUACUUCUAAUUGUUA